AUGUCGUCCUCCGUGGUAACUCCGGAAGAGUCGCCCCAGGAUAGCACCCCACGUACCAAGAAAGCGUGUGACUUGUGCCGCAAUCGAAAAGUAAAGGUCAGUUCCAUUUCCCCCACUCUCCCGACCGGGGCUACUCCAAAUACUACGGCUGAUGCCCCAUCCAGUGCCGGGUUUUGGAGUCUCAAGAGGACUGCGAGGGUUGCCGAGAACUGGGACUCAGCUGCACGCGGAACAAGCCCAGGAGGAGGAGAGGCCCGCUCAAUCGGUAUUGAUUCCCACGAUCGAUUGCAUUCUGCCUCGUCAAAUGACCAAGUACGCACUCCAACGCCGAGCCCAUCGCCGCUUGCUGUUUCUCAGGCUCCAGUCACGGUAAGAGAGACUACGAGUGACAAGAGCAAAGCUCCCGGGCGGUCGGUUAAUGCGAUACUGGAAUUGCUUGGCCCACUCCCACUCAUACAACGAGUCCUCAGUGAUUGGUUCAAGUUCGUGCAUCCUCUCGCCCCAGUCUUGCACCGACAGCACCUCCUGCAUCGAAUGCACACCCAUGGCGAAGAUGUGGACCCUGUCUUUGCGGCUCUGGUUCUGUCCGUAUGCUCGGUAACGGUCUCGACUUUGCGUCGUAAGAGUUUCGAACAAUACCCAGCUAUUACGGUAGAGAAAUGUAUCGGCAUUAUUGAGGACGAGAAUUUGUUACUGCCACAGCCAUAUACCCUUGACUGGUGCAUCACUUGGUACAAUAUCGCCUCGGCGCUCCUGGUCGAUCAUGGGCCCGAGGAUUUCCGAGUAUACCGGGCGAUAAAGGAGGCUAUGGCAAGUGUCACGUAUCUUCUCUGUUUCAAGGGAGGCGACGGCCAUUCCGAACAGGACAAAGAGAUGUUAAAGCGUUUAUACUGGUUUCUCUUCAUGUGGCAAGUAGGGGCUGAGCUAAGAGGACAGCCUCACCUCACGUUUCUUCCUUUCAAUCAGGACUUAGAACAUCUGAGGCCGAAACCCAUUCUAGAUCGUGAUCUGUACCCUUCUUCAGCUCCUGAGGGCUACGCGCCCAAUUGGCCCGAAGACGAAAUUGCCUACAUCCCUGGACUUAAUAGUUUGAUUGAUAUAUUUCUCAUAUGGGAAAAGGGCAAGGUGGACAUCGCGACCAAACCACCCGAAGAGGUACUGACGCGUGCAAUGGAGCGUAUCCAAACCGCCCUUGACGGUCUCCGCCCGGAAUUACGGUGGCGAGGUGGGCUCACCCGGUUCCCACGGGGAGCUUGGGGUCACGAGGUCCAGAUGGUCAAUAUUCUGAUCACGGCACUCUCCAUAAAGUCCAAUUUCCUACAGCACCUGGGCUCCCUGCUUCCCGGGAUCACACAUCAAGAUAUUGUCAGUGACGUUCUUGAAAUUCUCAACCACCUCCCGGAGCCAGUUUUUGAAACGAAUGGAUGUGCGGCAGUGCACAAGAUCCGAGAUAUCGGAUCAGCAUAUUUAGCUGAGCUUCGGAUCGGAUCAGGGGUAGUAGUUGGAGACAACCAGGCUCAGGAAAAAGUGUACCAGUUAUUGAACAAGCUUGACAGCCUAGAUUUUCGGCCAUAUGCGGAGAGUGUGGAGAUACCCAUAGCUUCCAACGAAUCUCAUUCUCAGACAGGAGCUUUAGGUAACCUUCGUGGUUUCGACGACAACGUGGAAGCACUUCAAGGCGUUGUCCAGGCAGACUGUUGCCGCGGCCCAGAAUGGAUAACGUCUGCGGCGGCUCUUGUUGGCCUAUAUCAUACCAAAUUCGCGCUGACUCGGGAAUCACGAUAUCUGAGUCUUGCAAUUAGUCUUGGUGAAGAAUGCGCUAUUUCUAUGACAUCAAAUCAAGCAGGUCGCUUUUAUCAUGUAGCAAAUUGGAUGGUCGACAGAUAUUAUCUCGAGGAAAAUUUCUUUGAUCUCAAAAAUGCCUCUAGUUGUAUCCAAAAGGCAUUCCAGGCUGCCACCCGGGACCAUCAAAUCUGGAAUGCAUGCCUCAUCACAAAUUCACGUGUUCUCAAGGCCGUUUAUGACCAUACUAUGGAUGUGGCUGAUCUGGAAGAGGCAAUCAAGGCAUCUAGAAAUGCGGCUGAUUCAAUAAAAUCAGGGGACACAAAUCGGCUUGCUGCGCUCACUCAUCUAGCUUCACUGCUCCAAGACUGGUAUUUGGAAACUCGCGCAAUAUCAGAUCUCGAUGAAUCGAUCAAAGUUGGCGAAGAAAUUCUUUCACUAAUGCCUAGUGAUGAUCAAGAGAGACUCUCAUAUGUCAACUAUUUGUCUCUGAGUAUCAGAAACAAGGCACUGACCACGGGUCUAGCCCAAGGGCUUGAUAAGUCUAUAUCACUCUUGCGAGAAGUCUUGGCCGUAGCAACAGGAAGCACCUUUACCAAAAGAAAGUGUUUGGGAAACCUCGCAAUGUUUCUCUACGAUCGAUACAAUAUGAAAAAGUCGCCCGGUGACCUUGAUGAAUCUAUUCAAAUUAGCAAGGAGGAGGUGAAAGCAUUGUCGGCCGAUGACCCAAUGCUCGCUGUUUCUUUAAUGAACCUCAGGCUUCGACUAGACAGCAAGUAUUUUGAAGAGAAGAAUGUUGAAAAUGCAAGGGAUCUGGUCAUCGCCACACGAAGGACCAUCAACAUCAUACCAAAGGGGAGUCCGGACUACACAGAUCUUCUAAUUGACCUUGGGUCAGAGCUGUACAGGCUACAGAGCCUUACGGGUCAGAGGUCAGACUUAGAGGAGGCAAUUCAUGCGCUUAAAAAGACCCAAAAGUUAGAACAUCACCAUACACCUAAGGCAACUCGCCUUAAUUUUCUCUGCGAUCUGUUCCAUAAGAGGUUUCUGCAGCGAGGACAAAUGUCUGAUAUUCUUGAAGCUAUACAAGCUGGCCGAAGAUCUAUUAACAACACAAGCAAAGAUGAUCCUAUGCUACCCGAUAGACUUUUUAGUUUGGGAUGUGUAUACCAUGACCUAUAUCGACGGUAUAGGAACAACAAGGGCUUUGAGACCGCAAUACAACUGGCUCGUGAGGCUAUAGACACAACUCCCAAGGCCGACAGCAAGAGGUUCCAAUUUCAGAGCACUCUUGCUCACUGGCUGGGGCGAGAAUAUUCUGUCGGCGACUCGCUUCAUGCUCUGAAUGGGGCGAUAGAGCUCGGUUCAGAAUCGGUGGGGUCAAUUUCCACUGGGCAUUCAGACGGAACAUUUUGUACGGAAGCGCUAGCAGAUCUUUUGUCUCAUCGAUCCCAGUUGGAAGGAAACGAUAAAGAUUUAGACAACUCUAUCAGUCUUGCCCAAGAGGCUGCAGGUUCCACCGCACUUGGCCAUCCAGAUCGACCAUCACGGCUACUUCGUGUGGGAAUGCUGUUGUAUUGGAGAUACAACGAAUCUGGAGAUAUAGGUUCAUUAGAAUCUGCCAUUCAAUUUCUUCGGGAAGCAAGAAAAGAAGCGCCAGACCUUUCAGAUAACCAAGCUGAAGCCUCUGCUCAGCUUUCAUCUCUCCUUGCGACUCGGUAUGACAGGAUUGGAGAAUCAAGCGACUUGCGUGAAGCCUCAGGUCUCAUAUCAGAAAGCAUCAAUGCAACUCCUCAAGGGCACUCGUUGAUGCCUGAAAGGCUCAUGAUCAAAGCAAAUAUAGCCUUUAUCCAAUUCUCAAAUACCUGGAAACGGGAGGAUGUGGAGGAAGCGAUAAAUCUUGGACAGCAAGCCGUCUCCUCCAAUUCACAGCAUGGGAGCAGUAGACGAUGGAUGAUAGCCACGCUCAGCGGUUUUCUGAUUAACAAAAGCUUCAUCACACAGGACGUUUCUGAUAUCAACAUCGCAAUCCAGCUCCAGCGGGAUGCUCUAAAAGGACUUUCAAUUCAUGACAGAGAGUUCCCAGGCUUCGCCACAAACCUGGCAUCAUGCCUUUCGCGGCGAUCGCGCCAUGUAUCGAACGCCGAAGAUUUGAAUGAGUCCAUCCAACUCUCUCGGGACGCACUAAGUGGUAUAAACCCAAGUGAUCCGCAGAGGGGAGGCUAUCUUUUCAAUCUUGGCAGUCACCUUCAUUCUCGCUACCUAAAGCUGGGGGGAAUUGCGGACCUAGUAGAAGCGAUCAGUUUUGGCCAGGCGGCUAUUGAAGAAAAUAAUUCCGGCAUCCGUCCUCGAGCUCAAUGUCUCACUCACCUUUCGGAGUGGACCGGUCACCUAUAUGAGAGAACGAACGACGUUCUUGAUCUCAGAAAAGCGGUUGAUUUAGCCCAAAAGGGCGUCAACAUGACUCGAGAAGGGCAAUAUGAAAUGAGCUUUAGGUUGAAUAUUCUCACACAAAAACUAUAUGAAUUAUACAGGAUCACCAACUUGGAAUCUGAUCUUCAUGAAGCUGUGGUAAUGGCCCGGAAGGGAAUACAGCAGGCUACAGAGAACUCGCGAAUGACUUCUCUAAACCUAAUGGGUGCUAUCCUGAUAUCGAGGUACGACGGCACGAAGAAUGUGAUAGAUCUUGACAGCGCUAUUGAUCACAUUCGCAAAGCUAUCGACGUAGCUUGGAAGGAGCAAACUCCAGGAUACUUGAUAAACCUAGCAGUGGCAUGCCAGAAGAAAUACAUGCACGGUCACCAAAAGGAGGCUCUUGAUGAGUGUGUGGGGUGCCUGAAAGCCGCAAUUAGGCAUACAGAUAUAUCACUGGUACUCAAAUUGUAUGCACAAAGAGAACUUUUAAAAGUAUUUGCCGACAAUCUACGGUGGGAAGAGGCCUUGGAGGUCGCAGAAUCUGCGGUCUAUAUUAUCCGACCAUUACUAUUCGGCUCAUUUGAGAGCUUUGAUAGGCAGCAUUUGCUUCGUCAUGUUUCGGGUUUGGGCUGCGAAGCUGCAUCAGUGGCAUUGGGGUCUCGUAAGGGCGAGGCAGCAGCUUUACAUUUCCUCGAGCAAUGCCGUGGUGUACUCACAACAUCAGUUCAUGAUAUGCGGAAGAGGAUACCAGAGCUCGAGAGGGAACUUCCGGAACUAGCUCAAAGAUUGUUCGAGGUGAAGCAGCUACUUAAUAAGGUAGGCAUCGGCAAACAAGGAGACCAAGUUCAACAUUUCUCUUUCUCUGAGCAGAGCACGGACAAGAUUUUCGAUGAGGUUCUCUCCGAUAUCAGAAAGCAUCCUAAAUUCGACAAUUUUCUACUCCCACCUACCGAAUCGAUGAUGAAAACUGCCGCCCGUGAUGGCCCUAUAGUUGUUGUGAAUGCUAGCGUCAUCCGCUGUGACGCAAUUAUCAUCGAGCGUUGCCAAAUACGAUCCAUUCCUUUACCAGAACUCGAGAUGGAGGUAAUUACAAGCAAGGCACAAAUGGACCUAGGGAGCACGCCAGUUUUAGAAUGGCUGUGGGACACGAUUGCUCACCCGGUGUUUGAUGCCAUUGGUCUGAAUGAACGCUUGAAGACCGACGGCAACUGGCCGCAUAUUUGGUGGAUUCCGACAGGACCCCUGAGUAGAUUUCCGCUUCAUGCGGCAGGAUAUCACUUACAGUGCCCGUCCGAAACCGUAAUCGAUCGAGUGAUAUCUUCAUACAGUUCAUCCGUACGGAUGUUGAUUACGGGAUCUGACUCUCCGCCAAUCGCCUUACCGGUUGCUAAGGCAGCUCUGCUUGUAACCAUGGAGAAUACCCCUGGAUGCAGUAGACUCCCUUUUGCGCUUCAAGAAACUCAGGAAGUCCGAAAAAUUUGUAUGGGAAUGAACCUCACCAUCCUUGAGCCAAAACCCUUCCGACAAGACGUUCUUACCAACUUGAUGAGUUGCAACAUUUUUCACUUCGCCGGUCACGGUAGGGUCAACUUAAACGAUCCGUCGAAAAGCCAGCUAUUAUUAAAAGACUACGAAUCCAAUCCACUAACAGUAGCAAACAUAAUUGAAUUGGAUUUGAACAAAACACGUCCUUUUUUAGCCUACUUAUCGGCUUGCGGAACAGCAAGAAGUCGAAAUGAGCAGCUUAUAGACGAAAGCAUCCACCUAAUAGCGGCUUUCAAAACCGCCGGAUUUCGUCAUGCAGUAGGAAGUCUCUGGGAAAUAAAUGACGAUACUUCAGCCAAUAUGGCGAAAGGACUAUAUGAGGAAUUGGGCAACGGGAUGAUGUCAGAUGCAGCGGUAGCUAACGCUCUUCAUAACACGACUAGAAAGCUGCGGGAUCAAUGGGUACAUUCAAUGACUAAAAGCACCUACUCUCGAACGACACGCAUCAUUGAUCAUGAGGAGCUCCCUCGGGACAUGGAAUUAGAUGAAGAUAACUUUGGCGGGCUUUCAUGGGUUCCAUAUGUUCACUUCGGGCCUUGA